AUGUAUAAUUCUGCUUAUAAUCAACACCAUUCAUACUACCCAAACAAGUCCUCAGCACCGCCUCCUGCAUCGCAAUUUACGCAGUCCAGCCAGAUGAACGGGCAAUCAAAUGGCCAGCACAACGCACAGUCCCCUCAACUUUGGAUGGGUGAUCUCGACCAAAGGUGGGACGAGACCACGAUCAAACAGAUCUGGUCUAGUGUUCUUGCCCCGCUUGGGAUUUUGGUGCACUCUGUGAAGCUCAUUAGAGACAAGCAGAGCAUGAACCUCGAACUGGCAAAUGCAGGCUACUGCUUCAUUCGUUUCCAUAAUAUGGAGGAUUGCUACAGGGUACUUGAGCUAUUCAAUGGUAAGCCAAUUCCAGGGACAAACAACGUCCGGUUUUUCAGACUGAACUGGUCUUCGGCCAACUCUUCAGGUGCCAAUAUUACUCCUUUCCAGCCUAAGGGACAGUCCGAGUAUUCUAUCUUUGUGGGCGAUCUGCCUCAGACUGUGACUGAACAAAGUCUUUUGCAAGCCUUCCAAGCGAGGUAUCCCUCGUGUUCUGGUGCCAAGGUUAUGGUCGACCCUGCCACUGGACAUCUGAAAGGUUACGGGUUUGUCAAGUUUUUGAACGAGACAGACCAGAAAAGAGCAUUGAUAGAGAUGCAAGGUUAUGUUUUGCUUGGAAGACCUAUCAGGGUUUCGACAGCAUCCAAAUCCCAGGCAAACGGAGCUGCCAACAGUUUUCUUGCAUCUGCUGCGCCAUCUCAAGAUGGUUCUGGUCAGCUGAAGGUCAACAUUCCUUCUUUGCCCCAGCCAGCUCCUCUUCAAUACUAUAAUGACCCUAACAACACCACCGUUUUCAUUGGUGGACUGAACGUUCCAAUUACAGAGAUGCAAUUACGAGUUCUCUUCUCAAGGUUUGGCGACAUUAGCUACGUGAAGAUUCCUGCGGGCAAAAAUUGUGGAUUUGUCCAGUUUUUCCACCGUGCUAGCGCAGAAAUGGCCAUCAGUGAGAUGCAGGGCUAUGAUAUUGGUGGUGGCUGUCGGAUUAGAGUCAGCUGGGGCGCUCGUGCCGCACAGAGAAAUUGGUUCGCCAAGCAGCUUGCCAUGCAGCAGCAACCACCGCAGACACAACAGUUUCAACAGGCCAAUUCGUACAACAUGACCAAUACCUUGGGACUCACUGGUACCAAAUACAGCUUGCUCAACGACCUGCUCAUUGACGGUGCUAGCACUCCUGCUACCAAUGGCGGGGCAUACAGUGGCUCCCUUCUGAACAUUGACAGACUCUCAACCGAGCCCAUUCCUUUCAGUCCACUCAACUCGUCGGGGACUUCUUUGACAAACAGCUUUGCCUCCGAUGAACUCCGUUUGAAUGAGUAUUUUCUUGCUUCUAGACUCAACAACAUGGAACAGCUAGACAUAGCUUCUGGUCUUUUCAAACUUAAUUGA